CUUUUGGUGAGUCUUGUUCAAGGGACACAGAUGUGCUGCGAUGGUGACAUAAGCCAUUGACUGAGACUGGGAAAGGAGCCCGAACGCACCUUUGUCUUUGACCUUUGAAUGGUGCCUCUAUUGGAAUAGCCUGCGGAGGGCUUAUACAGCAUGAGUUUUAUCAUGAAGCUUCACAGACACUUUCAGAGGACGGUGGUACUGCUUGCCACCUUUUGUAUGGUGAGCAUUCUCAUUUCUGCUUACUACCUGUACACUGGCUACAAACAGGACAGCGAACUCUCUGAGAUGGCUUCAGAGGUGGACUGUGGCGACCUCCCACACCUACCCGAGAGGCUCGUGGACGUGAAGACAACCAAGUUUUUUGAUGCCUCAAGGACAGACCCCGUAGUCUUAGUGUUUGUGGAGAGUCAGUACUCAUCCCUUGGCCAAGACAUCAUUCUGAUUCUGGAAUCAAGUAGAUUCCAGUAUCACAUUGAGAUCGCUCCUGGAAAGGGAGAUCUUCCAGCACUGACAGACAAAACUAAAGGCAAAUAUUGUCUCAUUAUUUAUGAGAAUAUUUUAAAGUAUAUAAAUAUGGACUCUUGGAAUCGAAGCCUUUUGGAUAAGUACUGUGUCGAAUAUGGUGUGGGGAUUAUUGGGUUCCACAAAGCUAGCGAGAAGAGUCUCCAGAGCUUCCAGCUGAAAGGUUUCCCCUUUUCCACAUACGGAAGUCUUGCAGUGAAGGAUUGCUGCAUUAACCCUCAUUCUCCACUGCUUCGUGUGACCAAAUCUUCUAAGCUUGAAAAAGGUUCUUUACCUGGAGCUGAUUGGACAGUUUUUCAGAUUAAUCACUCGGCCUACCAACCAGUAAUAUUUGCCAAAGUAAAGACCCCAGAAAACCUUUUUCCUCCCAUCUCUAAAGGUGCUUUGUAUGCCACUAUCAUCCAUGACCUGGGGCUUCAUGAUGGAAUUCAGCGAGUUCUUUUUGGCAACAACUUGAACUUUUGGCUGCACAAGCUCAUCUUCAUCGAUGCCGUCUCCUUCUUAUCAGGGAAGAGGCUGACACUGUCCUUGGACAGGUACAUCCUCGUGGACAUUGAUGACAUAUUUGUGGGAAAGGAGGGGACGAGGAUGAACACCAAUGAUGUGAAGGCCCUGCUUGAUACUCAGAAUCUUUUGCGUGCACAAAUCACAAAUUUCACAUUCAACCUGGGAUUUUCAGGGAAAUUUUACCACACAGGAACAGAAGAGGAAGAUGAAGGAGACGACUGUCUUCUGGGGUCUGUGGACGAGUUCUGGUGGUUCCCUCACAUGUGGAGCCACAUGCAGCCCCACCUCUUCCACAACGAGUCCUCCUUGGUCGAGCAGAUGAUCCUCAACAAAAAAUUUGCCUUAGAGCAUGGCAUUCCUACCGACAUGGGCUAUGCAGUUGCCCCUCACCAUUCAGGUGUCUACCCUGUGCAUGUUCAGCUCUACGAAGCCUGGAAGAAGGUUUGGAAUAUUAAAAUCACGAGCACAGAAGAAUAUCCACAUCUGAAACCGGCUAGAUACCGGAGGGGCUUCAUCCACAAAAACAUCAUGGUCCUCCCAAGACAAACAUGUGGGCUUUUCACCCACACAAUUUUCUACAAAGAAUAUCCAGGAGGCCCUAAAGAACUAGACAAGAGUAUCCAAGGAGGUGAACUUUUCUUCACAGUGGUCCUCAACCCAAUCAGCAUUUUCAUGACCCAUUUGUCCAACUAUGGGAAUGACCGGCUGGGACUGUACACGUUUGUUAAUCUGGCCAAUUUUGUGCAGAGCUGGACCAACCUGCGACUUCAGACUCUGCCUCCAGUGCAGCUGGCUUACAAGUAUUUUGAGCUCUUCCCUGAUCAGAAAGACCCGCUCUGGCAGAAUCCCUGUGAUGAUAAACGCCACAGAGACAUUUGGUCUAAAGAAAAAACGUGUGAUCGCUUACCAAAAUUCUUGGUAAUAGGACCCCAGAAAACUGGUACCACUGCUUUGUAUUUGUUCCUGGUUAUGCAUCCUUCCAUCCUUAGUAACUCCCCCAGCCCAAAAACCUUUGAGGAGGUACAGUUCUUUAAUAGAAAUAACUACCACAGGGGGAUUGAUUGGUAUAUGGAUUUCUUCCCAGUUCCAUCUAAUAUCACCACUGACUUUCUGUUUGAGAAGAGUGCCAAUUACUUCCACUCAGAGGAAGCUCCAAAGAGAGCAGCUUCUCUGGUCCCCAAAGCCAAGAUUAUCACCAUUCUUAUUGACCCAUCUGACCGUGCAUACUCCUGGUACCAGCACCAGAGAUCACAUGAAGACCCUGCAGCUCUGAAGUUUAGCUUCUAUGAAGUGAUCUCAGCUGGGCCCCGUGCACCCUCUGAACUCAGAGCCUUACAGAAGAGAUGUUUGGUCCCUGGGUGGUAUGCCAGCCACAUCGAGAGAUGGCUUGUUUAUUUCCCCCCCAUUCAGCUGCUAAUUAUUGAUGGUCAACAGCUAAGAACUGAUCCUGCUACAGUGAUGGAUGAAGUACAGAAGUUUCUAGGAGUCUCUCCUCAUUAUAAUUACUCAGAAGCCUUAACGUUUGAUUCUCAUAAAGGUUUCUGGUGUCAGCUACUAGAAGAAGGUAAAACGAAAUGCCUUGGAAAGAGCAAAGGAAGAAAAUACCCUCCAAUGGAUUCUGAUAGCAGGGCAUUUCUGUCAAGCUACUAUCGAGAUCACAAUGUGGAACUCUCAAAGCUGCUGCACAAACUGGGGCAGCCUCUGCCCUCCUGGCUGAGACAGGAGCUACAGAAAGUGAGAUAGCACUGAGCGGAAAACCUCUGGAGAAUUCAUCUUCCAUGAAACAUUGCACCUUGUCCAAAGCUCCCAGAAGCUACCAAAUGGCUGUUGGAAAAUAUACCUCUUCAAAUGAGAAAAAAAGAACAAAGUUCCUUCCAUGUGCUGGCAUGUGGAUGAUUAGGAAAAACAAAAACAAAAACAUUUCUAUUACAAGCCUUGAGACCUAUGGCCUUUCUCUUGACCCAUAUCUGAGCCUGUGGGAUUAUUGAAGACUACUGGGCACUCAUGUGGAAGUCAGUAACCACCAACGUAAAUAUCAAAUAGAAAUGCAAAACUGUUCCAUUUCAUGGUAAUAUUUCCACUUUUAUAUAUCAACUAAGAUUGUGUCUCUGUAGAUUUUUAGACCACUGUCUGCCUGUAAAAUGUUUUCUAAUUCUUUGAUUCUAUAAGGUGUCCUGCAAAAGAAGAGACAAAAUACAAUGUAAUAUAAAAUGCAAAAAGCAUAACACCCAUGAAAAAUGCUUGCCAAAAUUUAAAUCCACUGAAGUAUUUAGAAAGAACUGUAAAUUAUAAUUUGUGCUUCAUCAGAGUGGAAAAGUUACAUAUAAACUUUACCUGCAUCAAAAAAUAAUAAGUGCUAUAGCAAAAAAAAAAAAGUGAUUUUUUUG